CUUCAUUCACGAGGCCCGGGUGGCUCGGUACUGGAGAAGGCCUCGUGUCUCAGCACUCUGUCAGAACCAAGACGAGUCCUAAAACCACCUGACGGUUCGGUUCCGAACAGACCCGGCUCGUGUACCUGGCUGGCUUUGCGGAACUGCUUCUUCAUCCCGGAGAUAGACAUCACGGAGUGACGGUACCGGGUUCCGACUGCCCGCAGCCCGAGUCAGUGAACGUUUUCUUUGGACUUCAUCUCCCAUCAGUCGUAGCGAAGCACAUGACUUGUCACUUGACAAUAUGGCCGCCGAUGUAACGACAGAAGAUUUUACCAACCUGCAGCUUCUUCUAAAGGCUCCAACUAAAGAUGCAGUGAGAGAUGUUUGUGUUCAGAGCCACAGAGGUCCAAGUCGUCAGCUGACAGAAACAACCGCAGCCACGUUCAGCAUCCCAGCAGCACAGGCAGCUCAGCUGACCCAGUCCCUCCACACUCUGUCUCAUCACGUCCUCUUCCAGAACCUCACCUCUCCAGACCAGAUCCUGGCUGUGUUUCCUGAGUACUUCCACUCCAGCCUGAAGAACCUGAUCACUAAGAUCCUGCUGGAAAACGGCCCAGAGUGGAGGUCUGAAGUUCUGAGUCAUCAAGUGUCCCUCCCUCAGCUGCAGGACCUGGACUGGAGAGUGGACUUGGUGUCCAGCUCGGACUCGCUCAGCCGGGUGGCGGUGCCGACCUGCCUGGUCCAGCUAAAGAUGGAGGAUCCGUGUCCAUCUGCAGAUGGGGACUCUGUUUCCACGGUGACAGUGGAGCUCAGCAGGGAGUCUCUGGACACAAUCCUGGACGGACUGGGACGUAUCAGAGACCAGCUGUCUGUGGUGGCUGGGAAGUGAGACGGAUCCGAUCCAUUAUCCUGUUUGGACCCGAGUCUUCCUUCAGAGCUCCUGUUUUUAAAUACUCCUCUGUCGUUCUUCUGAGGCUCCUGGAGGAGGAUUGUUCUGCUAGUCUGCUCGUUAAAGCAGUUCGUGAUUAUUUGUGUGAGAGGCGUCCAGUCACGUCUGUUUGUGAAAUUAUUUGGUAUUGGUGAACGUGGCACAGGAACAUAUUUUUUCCCAGGUGUGCUUAUUUUAAUCAGACCAGCGGGCAGAUCAUUUCCUGCCUCCUGCUAGAGGAAAUCGUCAUAGUUUCAUCUGUUUGGGUUCCUGCUGUUCUCCUGUUCCCUGUAUCAGAACAUCCCAUUCUGUCUGAAGACAGGAAGUUCUAAACAUGUUAAAAAAGGCAAACCUGAAUGUGUUUUUGUGUCGUUCUGAUCAACAAAGACUCAUCCUCGUAAUCAGACGUACAAUACCCAAAUAUAAGAUUUAAUAACAUCUUCCAGAUCCCAGUAUCCCGGCGUGUCUGCCAGGGCACUGAAAAUGUUUAUUAAACCAAUAAAAGUUGUCCAAGGACCAACAAAGCCUUCAUAUCAACUAUAAAUGUCAUUAAAGAAAAUCUCACUGGUUCUGAGACACAUUAGCAGCUUCAUUCCAGCCUAAUAGAAAUACUAAUAAAAAACAGAAGUGGUCGUCACAAUAUAUUACUAAUAAUUAAGUUCAUUUCAGCAUCAACCGAUUUUUAAACUAUGUGACAAAAAUAAUUUGCCUUUUUCUGUAAUAAAAGUCAACUGAUGAGA